AACACGCAACGCUGUAUAGCCGCUCUUAUCCAUGGCGAUGGAUGAAGACAAACCAGCACCAUGGUAACAGUAAGACGAACUGCAGAUAGUGUCCCGGGUUCAGGUACCUCAGGGUGCCAGUGUGAACUAUCAGGCCUCUCUGGUCACUCUGCAGUAUGAAGGAUCCUGUGGUCUUAGUGGCCCUCAUCCUUAGUGGAGAUUUUGCCCUGCUGUGUUGGGCCAAUUGCGUGACGGAAGAUGUUGCCUAUAUCUGCACUUCAAUGCCAAGCAGCUUCCCCUCCCAUCUGUCUUCUGUCCUGCUCUUUGUGAAGGACAUGGGAGAGAUCAACUCCAGCGUGUUGCAGAGUGCUAACCUGGCUUCCGUGACCAGCCUCACCAUGGUCGGUGGCAUCUCCACCAUCCACCCUGAAGCCCUGUACUCCUUCAGCCAGCUGACGAGACUCAAUCUAAACGACAACAACCUCUCUGAGAUCAGCUCCGACUGGCUGCGUCAGCCCAGCUUGCUGAUGAGCCUCACCGUGUCUGGGAAUCGGCUGCAAGUCCUGCAUGAAUCCAUGCUGCGGAACUUCUCUGGCCUUAGGAGCCUAAACCUCUCACAGAACGUGAUCCACACCAUCAUGCCAGGCACAUUCCGAUCACAGGGCGACUUGGCUAGGCUGGACCUGUCAGGCAACAAGCUGACCUUCAUAAGUGCGGAGGUCUUCCUGCAACUCCAUUCCACUCGCAUCUUAUUGCACCACAACCCGUGGGACUGUUCGUGCCAAGCAGUGGCCUCUAUGCAGCUAAUCAAAGAGCUGGUUAGCACUUCUCGCUUGGAGAGGGAAAUGGAUGUGGUGUGUGCCACACCAGCCCAACUGAGAGGAUGGCCUGUGUGGAACGUGUCUGAAUGCCUGCCACCCUGGGCCUCGAUCCCGCAGGGGGACCAGCCGCCCCCAACCAGCCUCCCCAUCCUUGUAGGCCUUAUAGUUCUCGGUGUGCUGCUCUGUGCCGCCUGCCUACUCUUUGGCCUCUACAAGUGGAAAUGGGAGAAGAAUCAGGUGAAACCACAUGUGGACAAGGGGAGGGACAGCCUAAAGUCUCAGCAGACGGGGGUGAAUCUCAAAGGGAGGGGUCCAUCAGACCCGACCAGGAGCACUGGAGGCAAGACCAGAGCCAAAUCUGCAGGUGCUGUCCUUUGCAUUGGUCAGUCUGACCAGCAGGUAUCUAGAACAGGGAAUCAACUAAUCGUGGGUCAGCCGAGAGUGUGGCACCACCAAAACCCAGCACAGGGAGCAGAGACCAGUCCCUCUGAGCAGACACAUGCCAUGGAUCAGGGUGAGGAAACACACUUGGCGGGGGCCCAGCACGACACGAGCAGAGAGUCAAGUCUGCUUCAGGAGACCGAGAAAUUGCCCUACUUAAUCAUCGGCCAGGAGCCUGCAGAGCAAAGCACAGAACCCCAGGGCGUUCGUCAUGGCAGCAGGCCCCGUGUCAACAGGAAGGCCAUCAGCAGGAUGUCAACCUGGCCACCCACUUCAGCCGAGUGGAAAAAGCAACACGCAUGCAGAAAGGAAGCUCUGAAUUUUUCUCCAGUCGAUUUUGACAACUCGAUCAAUAAGAGAGAUGCCGAUCAGAGAGACUUCUCCCUGGGGAGUUCUGAUGGUGAUUCUCAGGUCAAUGUGGACAGACCGCCAGCAGGGGGCGACAUAGGAGAUCCCCCUGAAGAUAGUUACUGGCCUGUGGUUAAAACAGACAUCCUGAAUUUCAAAGGGGACAUUGAAAAGAAUGACACAGCCCAACCUAAGGAGCCAGGCAGUCAGACCCAAUCUGCUGAGGCUAACAUCAGUCCAGCUCAGGAAUCAUGUGAUGUGUUGCAACAGAUCCAUGGCUGUCAGCCUGAGUUCAAUGAAGCAGGAAGAAAGGGGAUAAAGAACCAAACCGCUAGGUGCCCCAGCAGUGGGUCUGGGGCAGAGAUCUCAGACCAUUAUGGUGGAUCUAGUUUCCGAAGUCUUCCGACCCACAGCUCACCGGCAGACAAGAAGCUCCUGCAAGGUAACGAAUACGCGUUCAUCAACCUGCUACAGGAGGUGGUGGAGAAUCAAGGCCGCUGGACCCGUGACCGGUGGAAACAGACACAUUUAAACAGGCAGAAGGGCAAAGCACAGAAGCCAUAGCAGGGAGUCUGCACCCUGGCCCAGCUGGAGGGAUGUGGGUGGACCUCAGCCAGGGCUGUAUGUCACAGGUUCCUCAUCUUCAUCUGUAGAUACUGUGCUAUGGAGAGCCACCCAGCCCCUGCUGUGUGAAGGGAGGCUCAGCUGACAGACCCGGCCGAGAGCCGCACGUGGAUGAUAAUCUGCUGCCGGUCAUGUGAUUAAUGGUGACCAUAUUGUUCUUCCUCCACAGGCAGUGUGUGAAGACAGACAGUGAAUAUAGUCCAGCAUUUAUUACAUGUUUAAACAGUGUCUCCUUCCACUGUGCUCUGUAAAUGCAAGAAAGGCAUUUGGUCAGGAUAACCCAUAAAGUGUAUAACAAAAGUGUGUUUUGUGACUCUUUCAUGUUAUAUACUUUAUAAUACUGGAUAAUACUAGCGCAACGCAUGCUUUGUAUUCUACAAAUCACAUGGCAGUGUUGUACAAAAAGUGGAACUCCCCUUCUUCCUUUUUAGCAAGCUGCUUUUUUUUUGCCAGAUUACAGAAUAGACCAAAGGUGUUUGUACAUCUUUUUUUCUCUAAGCAUCCUGCACUUGUUCCUGGUCUCUCACUGGACACAGCCUAGCUGUGCUUGUACCCAAGUUAAAAGUUGAAUACUGGUGUCUCACUUGUACUUGGACAGAAGAGUGUGCCAAAUAAAUGUGA